AACGUAAUUCUACUUCCGGUGCGCGGCCAUUGUUGCUUUUAACAACGUGAAGAGUUCGUUAAACCCGCCAAAGUCUCACGGUUCUUUCGAAUUCUUAUCGUUUAGCGAAGAACAUAUAGAGAUCAUUUCUAAAUAAUGGCGUACAGAGGACAAGGACAGAAAGUUCAGAAGGUUAUGGUGCAACCCAUUAACCUUAUUUUCAGGUAUCUACAGAAUCGAUCCCGUAUCCAGGUUUGGCUGUACGAGCAGAUCAACAUGCGGAUAGAAGGCUGCAUUAUCGGUUUUGAUGAAUACAUGAACUUGGUUCUGGAUGAUGCAGAGGAAGUGCACAUGAAGACCAAGAACAGGAAACCUUUAGGGAGGAUCAUGCUGAAAGGAGACAACAUCACGCUGCUACAGAGCGUCUCAAAUUAACCUCGCCUCGAUUUCAUGGAACAAUGAUGGAGUAUUGUCUGAUUGUUUUUUUCCAUAGCCUUGGGUUCAUUUGUUGGAUUUUUGACUUAUUUCUAAGCAGUGAUUUAUAAUGCCUCAUGUUUUUGUGAACAAACCCCAUUAAAGAAUUUUUGUUUUUGA